AUGGGACAUGAGGAGCAUGGAGGGACUUGGCACAUGGACGCAGCUCAACUGGAUACGCAAAGGAAGAAGGGAGAAGCCAUCUUGAAGACCAGCUCGACCGUCCACUCGACUCGACCGGCCAAGCUUCAACUCGAUCGAGCUGAGAAGUCAACAGCGAUUCUCCACAUGGAAGUGAUGGAAAUCGCUGGAAAAGAUCCACUAAGAGCUCCAAUAUCUCUUGCUCUAGAAAUAGAGCCUUUCACCUUGGGAAAGGGUUGGCUAGGCAUUGAGAAGCCCAAUAUCAAGAGAAGCCUUGAUACAAGGAGUUUUAAGAGCAGAUGA